CAUGGAGCCGCCCUGCGGGAGCGUCAACACUGAGCAGGGCUGGUAUGUCUCUGCCCAGCAGCCUGAAGAGGCGGCGGCGGAAGAGUCGAGCCCGUUGCUAAGCAACGAACUUCACAGACAGGGAUCCCCAGGUGUUUCAUUUGGUUUCUCAGUAUUUAAUUUGAUGAACGCCAUCAUGGGAAGUGGCAUUCUUGGCUUAGCUUUUGUUAUGGCUAAUACUGGUAUCCUUGGAUUUAGUUUCUUGCUGCUGAUUGUUGCUCUCUUGGCUUCUUACUCAGUCCAUCUCCUGCUUAGUAUGUGUGUUCAAACAGCUGUGACAUCUUAUGAAGAUCUUGGACUCUUUGCGUUUGGAUUACCUGGAAAGGUGGUGGUGGCAGGCACCAUAAUAAUUCAGAAUAUUGGAGCAAUGUCAUCUUAUCUCCUAAUUAUUAGAACAGAGCUUCCUGCUGCUUUUUCAGAAUUUUUAGCUGGAGACUAUAGUGGGUCUUGGUAUCUUAAUGGACAAACACUACUUACAAUUAUUUGCAUUGCUAUUGUGUUCCCUCUUGCACUUCUUCCCAAAAUAGGCUUCCUUGGCUACACAAGUAGUUUAUCAUUUUUCUUUAUGGUGUUCUUUGCUCUUGUGGUAAUAAUUAAAAAAUGGUUCAUUCCUUGUCCUCUGCCAUUAAAUUUUACAGAGGAAUAUUUCCAGAUUUCCAAUGCUACAGAUGAUUGUAAACCAAAGCUCUUUCAUUUCUCCAAAGAGAGUGCUUACGCCAUACCAACCAUGGCUUUUUCAUUUCUCUGCCAUACCUCAAUAUUGCCCAUAUACUGUGAACUUCAAAGCCCUUCCAAGAAAAGAAUGCAGAAUGUAACCAAUACAGCAAUUGCUUUAAGUUUUCUCAUUUAUUUUAUAUCUGCACUCUUUGGGUACCUCACUUUUUAUGACAAAGUGGAGUCAGAAUUACUACAAGGUUACAGUAAAUACUUGCCACAUGAUCUUAUUGUCAUGACUGUGAAGUUAUGCAUACUAUUUGCUGUGCUUUUGACAGUCCCUCUAAUCCACUUCCCUGCAAGGAAAGCUUUAAUGAUGGUAUUUUUCUCCAAUUUUCCAUUCUCAUGGAUUCGCCAUUGUUUGGUCACUCUAGCACUCAAUAUUAUCAUUGUUCUGCUUGCAAUAUAUGUUCCUGACAUUAGAAAUGUAUUUGGCGUAGUUGGUUCCAGUACAUCAACAUGUUUGAUUUUUGUAUUCCCUGGACUGUUUUAUCUUAAACUUAGCAGAGAGGAUUUCCUAUCACAGAAAAAGCUUGGGUGUCCUAGUUUGCCAGCCUGUCAAUCAAGACAAGCAAUUAGGAGGAGCAGGAAGACUCAUUUUGGCUGAUGGCCAGGUGGACAGGUGGGAAUGAGAGGUUUACUUGCCUAUGGGACAAAGUAAAUGGGUGGAGAGGGAAAUUGAGUUGCGGGAGCAAGGGGGGACAGAUGGAUGAAAAAGACAUUGUAAUAUGGGAUGCUAUAAAGAAAAAAAGACUAUUGCAGAGAAAGCAUUUCACUUGUUUGUGUUUUUGUCUAAUGUGGAUCAGUGGGCUGAUGUACAACACAAGCAAAGGGGCUGGCUAAUUCGUUCAGCAAAUAUUUACUGAGCAUAUAUUAUGUGCCGAGAGUUGUGCUAGUCCUAGGAUUGUGAAGCAAAUCUGGGUUUAGUAUUUUGAAUGGAUGGAAGAAGGUCAGUCUAAAAAUAAUGUGAUAAUGAUGAGCUAUCACUUCUGUGUGUGAACCAGGCACUAUGUCAAGUGCAUUAUCUCAUGUAAUCUGAGGUAGGUACAACCUGAGGUAUACAGUUAUAUUCCCUACUUAAUAGAUUAGAAAUUAAAGUUCAGAGAAGUUAUGAGGUUAACAAGAUCUAGGUUCACAUAUCCAGAAUGCAAAAUUAAGUUUGACCAUAAAGCCUAUGUGCUUAAUUGUCAUGUUAAUAAUUAAGUAUACCCAACUAGGAGUAUUUUCUACAGAAGGGUUCUGCUAAGAGUAGGUACAUGGUCAAUAUUGACUAUUCUGAAGGCUGCUUUAUUAAUCUAAAAUAUUAUACUUAAGUCUGUUCUAUCAUACCAGCCAGAUAGCAUAUGGGCCCACUUUGUGGCCUUUGAGUCAUGGUUUAUUGCCAUAACAUUAUGUUUUUUCUUUGUUAAGUGUUUCAGAGCCAAUUCUGGACAAAGGAAAGAUGUAUGGGUUUUAAAUUAGGACAGAAAUCUGUUCCAAUAUAUGUCAAUCAGACUUUGAGGAAACCUGGAUGCCUUGAAAUGUCAGAAAUCCAAUUUUCUGUGUUUUCUUAUUCUCUACAAAUAUAAUUUUUAAAAAUUCAAGUAUAGCUCAAAUCAUCAAUAAUUUAACUCAGAGUUUCUAAGACUCUUAGAUUUCUUUUGAAUCUUUAGAACUGCAAAAUAAGUUUUGGGGACAUUUAUAAGGUUGCCAACUUUUUAUUUUGCAAAAAUAAAAAGGACAUUAAAAAAAUUGCCAUCUAUCAGGAAGACAAAGUAAAGUAUUAUAAUGACAUGUGCAAAGACCUGGCAAUGGAAAACCAAAAGGGAAGAACAUGCUCAGCAUUUCUCAAGCUGAAAGAACUGAAUCAAAAAUUCAAGCCUCGAUAAGGGGACCUCUAAGUCAAUUGGCAUAAUAAACUCUAUUAUGAUAACAUUCUGCAUCCCACUUAGAAGUGUGGUGUCUGGGGUCUUAAAUGCUAACAAGCAGCCAUCUAAGAUGCAUCAAUUGGUCUCAACCCAUCUGGAUCAAAGGAGAAUGAAGAACACCAAGGUCACACAAUAACUAUGAGCCCGAGACAGAAAGGGCGACAUGAACUAGAGACUUACAUCAUCCUGAGACCGGAAGAACUAGAUGGUGCCCAGCCACAACCGAUGACUGCCCUGACAGGGAACACAACAGAGAACUCCUGAGGGAGCAGGAGAACAGUGGGAUGCAGACCCCAGAUUCUCAUAAAAAGACCAGACUUAAUGGUCUGACUGAGACUAGAAGAAUCCCGGCGGUCAUGGUCCCCAAACCUUCUGAUGGCCCAGGACAGGAACCAUUCCCGAAGACUACUCAUCAGACAUGGGAGGGACUGGACAACGGGCUGAAGAGAGAUGCUGAUGAAGAGUGAGCUACUUGUAUCAGGUGGACACUUGAGACUGUAUUGGCAUCUCCUGUCUGGAGGGGAGAUGGGAGGGUAGAGAGGGUUAGAAACUGACGAAAGGAGAGACUGGAAGAAGGGAGCGGGCUGACUCAUUAGGGGGAGAGUAAAUGGGAGUAUGUAGUAAGGUGUAUAUAAGCUUACAUGUGACAGACUGACGAUUUGUAAACUUUCACUUAAAGCACAAUAAAAAUUAUUUUUAAAAAAUUCACGCCUCGAGUUGCAAUAUUGAAGGCUUUCAUGGAAAAAUAUUAUUUCUACAAAAACACUCAAGUAGACACUAGGAUGUAUGUUUUACAAAUGAGAAAACUCUGAGGUUUACUGGCCUGAGGAACUGGUCUAAGAUGAAAAAUCUUAUAAGUAGUGGAGAUGGGACUGAAAUAUGAGUUUGACUAUUCCAAAAGCUUAUGCCCCUUAACCAUUGUUACUAUUAAACACAGUGUUUAAAAAAAAAAAAAAUAGCCAUCUAUCCUCACCAUCCUUUAAUAUGAAAAAUUAAGAAAGGUCAUACUAUAAGAAAACACAAUUCUUUAAAUUCAACAGACCUAGAUUUGUGAAAAACUUGUUGCGUGGUCCUUAUAUUUCUUAUCAAGGACCAAAGAAACUUUCUUAUGGACCAACAUUUAUAAACUACCAGUCUAAAUAACUAGUUUAUGUUUAAAAAAAAUUUAUUAAAGAUUUCACCUCUAGGCCUAUUGACUUCAGUCAUCUUAUAUUUGGAAAGAAGGAUAUAUAAAUACAGAUCUUGGUUACAAAAGUAAGUUAAUGACUUAGAUGAGUUUUCCUCCAAUAAUUGCUGAUUCUGAACUUUAAAAAAAUAUCUAAAUAAUCAAUUCUUGUUUAAAUAUUUACAAAAAUUUUGCUAACUUUCCAGGAUUUAGAAAAAACACUUGACAGAGCAUUUUUACUAUAAAACUUCAUCAGUUUGUAUGUUAUAUCUAAAGGCAAUCAGUAAUGAUUAUACCAUGAUAGUAUUUACAUUUUACAGGGAAGCAAAAUAUUUGGAGACCUCCCAUGUCCUUGUCUAAAGAUUUGUCAUUCAUUUGCAUUCAGAUACAUUCUUUGCUUUCAUUCACCCAGAAUAGUUCUCAACUAACUCAUUACCUAACCAGACUAAAUAGAGUUGCAUUCGUGCAUCUUAAUGUCAGUGUAAAAAUGGUUUUCCCAAUUUUUUUCUUUUCAAUCAAAUCCUCCAAAAGAUGUCUAAUCACUCCCAGACUUAGCUACUUAAACAUUUCAGUGUUGCCACUUCUGUGGUAAAACAAAAAGAAACUUGCUUUCAGUACAUCAGAGGGCCAUACUUGAGCAACCUAGAACUUUACUCUGGUGAGGUAAAAUUCUUGUACUCUAUUUACAGCCUCAUUUGUCAGUGGAUGCUUUUGCCUGUCACAUAAGUAUAUAGCAUUGCCAGUAUAGAUGGUAUACUUUAGUUAGUAAACCACUCCUGGAGUGUAUAAUCCUACAGAGGUGACUUGAAUUGCAAUAUCCUAAAGGACAAGGUUUGGCCAUUGUGUGUGCCGUGUACAUACAACACCAUCAGUAGUGCUCAUUGAAUGACACAGUUUGGUGAGUGACAAGGACAGUAAAAGCUAUGCUGGGCAAGUUCAUAGGGGUAGGAGCUCACUGCCUUCCAGGGUGAAUGGGCAAGUUUUCGUGGAGGAAGUAAUUGCGGAAGUAAAUUUGAAGGAUAACCAAAGUAGAGAUGAGAAUGUGAUGGAGACUUAGAAAAAAAAUACUAAAAAAGGUACAGGAAAAUGUAGGGUGUAUUUUGGAAGUGAAAAACAUUGUGCCUGAAAGAAUGACUUAAUGGCAGUUUGAGAAAUACAGCUGAAGCAUCAUGGUUGUAGAGAACCCUGAAAGUCAGGCUAAGUCUGGACUUCAUAUCAAGCAGGAAGUAGGUCUCCAUUGAAGGCCUUUGAGCAAGAUAUAAUCAAAAAUAGUGGCAGAGAAAGAUUAAUUGCCUCUUUGCAUUGGACCAUAGCCAUCAUUAUCAUCUUCCAGAGGUUAUAUUAAAAAAAAGGGAACAACAAAAACAAAAAAAGCAUUUUCAGCCCUCAAGGGCCAGACAUCGAAAAACCCAUACUUAAUUUGUCCCAAAGUCUCAGCUCCAGGGAAUGAUGAAUUUUUAUGGGGUAUUGGUAAAUCCUUCAUGCCGUAGGAUCUUAUUAGGAACUCUGGCAUCUUAUGAGAUGCCCCAUGGAUUUCUGCCUCCAUGCUUUCCCACAGUCCAUUCAAUUUUCUCUUUCUUCUUCAGGGCUCCUUAUGCUGUUCAAAGCCUAACUCAACCCCACGCCCAGCAUCUUGAUGCUACAUUUAAUUUCUGUAAAUAUGACAUUCUUGUAUAUUUAUAUGCCUAAUCACAUUAAAAGGCACUGGUCUACCAGCCCCUUUAUAUCUUUUAUCCAGGACCUGCCUCCCAUCCGCAGUCCACUCCACCCAACUGAGAGACUUCACAGAAAGCGUAGUACACUUGGUGAGUGUUAAUGGUUUAGAGUUUUCCCUGAACAACAAAGGAUUUCCUUGAAGCUGAAGUGCUAUGGGAUCCACGGGGUGUAGAUUUUCACUUCUCUUUGGCUUGUUUUCCACCGGCAUGGGUAGAACUUCUACAACAGUCCUCACCAAGAGAGAAUUACUUUGUAUUCCUCCCUCCUAUUCUUGCUGUCUCCAGUUUCUGUGGACCUGCUUCUGAUAAUCAGAAUAAGGCUAUUAACAUGGAUGUGCACCAUGAAUAUUAAGCAUUAAAACAAACGCACACAAAAAAAUUUGUUUUAUGCAGGCUUAAUUUUAAAAAGCCAUUUCUUCCUAACUCACAUUUUUUCAUCUACUCUCUCGUACUUACGACUAACAAUGGUGGACACACCCCAUCCCUUCCAUACACCUAAUUCUAUCCCUCCAAAUUUCAUUUCAUGUUCUCAAUGGCAUCUGUGCCAUCUGACUUGCUUGGGGAGACCCAGGUAAGAGAACUUGUGAUGGCAGAUGAAAAAAGGCAUAUAUUUAUUGCUAAGUCCCAGUCUGAUAAAAACCCUAGCACCUGAGGUUUUAGAGCUGCCUGUCUUCCUUGGGAAUUGUGCCUUCCAAGAAUAUAUAUCAGGUUGUCUGAACUUGCAUGUGUAGGCUUUCUGACUGUCACCAGACAGGCUGAGCUUCCAGCUGAGCCUCAGAGCCUUACCUCAUGGAUGCAAAUCAAAACAGCGCUCAGAAUCAAUCCAGAAAGCAUGUCGGGGUGGUUUGACUUGCAUGGAGGAGCUUUUGUCGCUGAGUGAAGCCAGCCAAAUUCCCUGGGGUCCCCAGCCCCCCAGAUGUGUGCCUUAUAGGGCGUGAGGUCCUGGGCACAAACGGGUGGACAUGAUUUGAAUGCUCAUUGCCACAGCUGCUGCACCCUGCGCUGGUCCCUGCCAUCGGUUUCGCUCCAUUUUACUGCCUCAGAAUCCUCUGUGCAUGUUAGUGGUUAAUACAGCAGCCAGGAGACGCCAGACAGCUCUCGGCACCUGGUUCAAAUUUAAGGCUCAUUUACACAUGAUGUCACACAUGCAUUGUCAGCUCAAGGGAGGUCAGGAUGGUUCGUUUUGGGAAGGUUUGCAUUGUUGAGUCUUUACAACACUCAUGGCUAUUAAUGCCUUAACCAUCUGACUUGGAUUUCAGUUUUCUGGCAUGAGGUAAUUCCAGGCACUAGAUUUAUAUGCUGAAUGGGAACCCAGCAAUGGUGGCUAAUCAUGCUGGUUUGCAGAUCUUCACCUCUGGAGCCUUGGGAUGGAAUUACAGGGCCUGAUGGCAUGUAGCAAAUCAUGGGGGUUUUGAGCAGGAGGGAAAUUAGCCAGACCUGGAAGCAGGGGCCAUAGAGGGUGAUGUCUGAGCAGGGUCGCCUGAUUGAAGAGUAGCAACCAAAGUUGGACAAGAGUCUAGGUACAGAAGCCAUAGCAAUUACUCUAUUUGGGCCAGUGUUUUGGGUCAUUACUCAGCACCCUUUUGCUCACCAUGCAUACAAAUCCCAAACCCUUCUAUCCAGGUCCAAUUCAAGGCCCUCCAAGAAGCCUUUUCUGACCACCUAGCCCACAGUAAUUUCUCUAUACAAUCCCUAAGUACUUAUGCUGUGGAGUCGAUUCUGACUCAUAGCCACCCUAUGGGGCAAAGCAGAAUUGCUCCAUAGGGUUUCCAAGGAGCAGCCAGUGGAUUUGAACUGCUGACCUUUUGGUUAACAGCUAAGUUCUUAACCACUAUGCCACUAGGGCUCCAGAAUAAAAUUAACAGUUAUUAAAUACUUAAUUUGUGCUACUAGCUCAUUUUACCCUCAAAUAUGCAGAAAGUACUGUUAUCAUUUCCAUUUUACAGAUGAUGAAACAAAUUCAGAGAGGUUAAAAAAGUGUUCACUAUUACAGAGCUGGUAAGAACCAGGAUAGAAGAUUGAUUCCAAAGCCCGGGUUCGGAAUCGUUAAGAGUAGGCUAUGUACUCCACAGUAGUACUGCAUUUUCUAUAGCAUUUAGUAUCAAUAACGUGAGAGAAACAAUUUGUGCCUCAGGGAAAUGCCACAGAGGAGUACACAAUAGUGUUGUCCAAUGCCUCACGUGUACGUGUUAUCUCUAUUUACUGACUAAAUAAUUGCAGGCCAGGUAUCACCUUUCUGUUCUUCUGUAUCCCCUGUAUCUCCUAGCAUGGUACACACAGACGUACAUAUCCUGGUCAGUUUAGAUAGCUAGAUGGAUAUCAGCCCUUCUAUCGCCCUCAUCUGUGCUGUUUUUCUGCCUAAAACAUACCAAAAUCUUGGGACAUUCGGAUAUCCACCUCUAUCACCUGCUAUUGCGCCUGUCACAUGGCUAAAACAAUAAAACUGGCCUGCAGUAAGAGCUUCCUUACUUUACACGAAGUUCAGAGAAAGUUCUUUAGUCCUGCUAACUGCCUUGAUUAUAUUUUUGGAUUUAGAGUGUGGCCUGUUGCCAUGGUGGGUCCCCCAAGAUGAACUUUCUUGUUCUAUGAGUUUUAUUCAAUCAGACAGAUACUAUAGAGUGCUACAAUAAGGAUAACAUAGAACACUGUGGGAACACAUUGAAGGGGCACCUGAGCUAGACUUGAGAGGCCGGGGAAGGGCUCUGGGAGGUGGGGACACCCCUUGAAGGAUAAGUGAGAGUUAGCCAGUGAAAAGGAGUGUGGAGGGGCACUCCAGAUGAGGCAGCAGCUCUCAGCCACACCUGGACUUAGUGAAUAGAAAGGGCUUUGAUUGUAGGGGUGGAAACCCAGGUCAUGCCUGACCCUUUUCUGCUGUCCACUAGAGCGCUGUGGAUGAUACUCCUGACCCCAGCCCUGGGGAAGACAUCUCUGAAGACUGUUUUCUUACAUCUACUAAGAAUGACCCUUCAGAUACUGUUGUUUCUUCAAUGCCCUCUCAGCUUUGAACAGAGCCAGGAAUAAUUGCAAAACCAGGAAAUUGGACACUCCUUUCAUAAGUUACAAUCACCUCAGAGCAAAAUUUAGUGUUCAGUUUUCAAGCCACGCUGAAUGUCUUGCACUUGCCACCCUUUCCACCCUGCUCUAUGCCUGGGAGGCUGACCUAUGUGGUGUUUCAAUAGGUUCCCUCACUUCUGGCUUCUGCCAAUGAGAAGUACCAGUGAGCUCAGAGUCAACAGGAAAGGGAGUCAGGGUAUUUUUUCUGCCCCGCACAUUCCCUGCCAGGUUGCUGUGGGUUGGCUGUACCUCUUUACCAAAGGCACAGCUCCUGUCAGGUGGCUUUCUUCAUAUAGCCAUCCACACCAGGUUCUGCUUUUUCGUAACCUCCCCUUCCUCUUGCUCCUCAGUCAUAGGGUGGUAGCAGCCCCCCAUUGUUAUUAAUCCUGAAGGCACUUAACUAUCCCUUGUUGGUUUCCUUAAACUUUACUUAUUACAUUGCGUAAAUUUUUAAACUUUCUUUUUGGGCACGUUAUCUGUUUCUCCUCCCUGACUGAUACACAAACUCAGACUCCAAUAGGAGGGCUUAGUGAUAAAGGCAGAGUACAUUACUGGUAGUGGCUUCCACCUAAAUGUACCCUGCCCCCACCAUUGUAUGAACCCACCUGGGUACCCUAGUGCUACUCCAAAUGUGGUGCAAUGGAUUGCUUUUUAUAUGGUCUUUCUCAUCAUGGUCUUGUAACUCCAACCAAAAGAUUGGGUGAGACUAUGCAAAUAAGGUGUUUAUGGCCCACCAAGGGGAUUGGAUAGUUUGUUAAUAAUGUAAAUAAGGUGUAUGGAAUCCUAACGAGGGGAUUGGUCAGUUUUGCCAUCCCCCUAGGCUUAAAAUAAGCCAUCCCAGAGGUGGUACAGGAGGGAUCUCACUACCACCAAGGUGGGAUCAGUCCCUGGAGAAGGACAUCAUGCUUGGUAAAGUAGAGGAUCAGUGAAAAGUAGGAAAACCUUCAACGAAAUGGAUUGACAUGGUGGCCACAACAGUGGGCUCAGGCAUAACAAUGAUUGUGAGGAUGGCGCAGAACAGGGCGGUGUUUUGUUCUGUUGUGCAUAGGGCCACUAUGAGUCAGAACCAACUCAACCACACCUAACAACCUAAAGAUAACUAAGAUAGCCAGGUUUUGGCUUCAUUACUGCUAUGGUGUGAUGGUUAUUUUUAUGUGUCAACUUGCCAGUCUAUGAUUCUCAGUGGUUUGGCAGACACUGGACUGGUUAAUGUUCCAUAACGUAAUAUAAUGAAAUGUAGUAUAAUGUAAUCAUUUUCUAUGAUGUGACCUGAUGUGAUCAAACAAUCAAUUGAAAAGGGAGUUUACUUGGGGAUGUGGUCUGCCUCCAGAGUUUAAAUGGUUGUCUCACAGAACUCACUCUCUCUCGACCCUGUACUCUUCUUGUUGCCUCUCCUACAGAUCUUGGGACAUAAGCCUGCAGAAGUCUCCAGCCUGCCAGCUAACCUGCAGAUUUUGGAUUUGCUAACCCCUUCCUCAGUCCCAUGGUUAAGUGCUUGGCUGCUAACUGAAAGGCUGGUGGUUCGAACCCACCAGCUGCUCUGCAGAAGAAAGAUGUGGCAGUCUGCUUCCAUAAAGAUUUACAGCCUUGGAAAACCUAUGGGGUAGUUCUCCUCUGUCCUGUAGGGUCUCUGUGAGUCAGAAUCGACUUGAAGGCAGUGGAUUUUAGUGGGCCCAAUCCUGUGAACAGUAGAGGUCUCCAGCCUGCUGACCUAUAGAUUUGAGACUUGCCAGCUCUCAUAACUGCAUGAGCCAUUUGCUUGAAGUAAAUCUCUCUUUUUCUCUCUGUGUUGUUCCGUUAGGUACUGUUGAGUCAGUUCUGACUUACAGCAACCCUGUGUACAACAGAACAAAACACUGCCUGUUCUUGUACAAUCCUCACAAUUUUUGCUAUGUUUGAGCUCCUUAUUGCAGCCACUGUAUCUAUCCAUCUUGUUGAGGGUCUUCCCCUUUUUCACUGACGCUCUACUUUACCAAGCAUGCUGUCCUCCUCCAGGGACUAGUCCCUCCUGGUAACAUGUCCAAAGUAUGUGAGAUGAAGUCUCACUGUCCUUGCUUCCAAGGAGUACUCUGGCUGUAUUUAUUCCAAAACAGAUUUGUUCCUUCUUCUGGCAGUCCAUGGUAUAGUCAGUAUUCUUUGCCAACACCAUAACUCAAAGGUGUCUGUUCUUCUUUGUUUUCUUUAAUCAUUGUCCAGCUUUCACAUGCACAUGAGGUGAUUAAAAAUAUCAUGGCUUAUGUCAGUUGCACCUUAGUCCUCAGAGUGACAUCUUUGCUUUAUAACACUAAGGAGGACUUUUGCAGCAGAUUUGCCCAAUGCAAUAUAUUGUUUGAUUUCUUGACUGCUGCUUCCAUGGGCGUUGAUUAUGGAUCCAAGUAAAAUGAAAUCCUUGAUCAUGUCAAUGUUUUCUUCAUUUAUCGUGAUGAUGUUUAUUGGUCCACAUAUGAGUAUUUUUGUUUUAUGUUGAGGCAUAAUCCAUACUGAAGGCUGUGGUCUUUGAUCAUCAGUAAGUGCUUUAAGACCUCUUCAUUUUCAGCAAGCAACGUUGUGUCAUUUGCAUAUUGCAGGUUGUUAAUGAGGCGUCCACCAAUCCUGAUGCCAUGUUUUUCAUCAUGUACUCCAGCUUCUUGGAUUAUUUGUUCAGCAUACAUAUUGAAUAAGUAUGGUGCACAGAUACAACCCUGACCCACACUUUCCUUGAUUUUAAACCAUGCAGUAUCCCCUUGCUCUGUUUGCCUUUUGGUCUAUGUACAGGUUCUGCAUGAGCACAAUUAAGUGUUCAAGAAUCCCUAUUCUUUGCAAUGUUACCCAUAAUAUGUUAGGAUGCACACAGUCAAAUGCCUUUGCAUAGUCAAUAAAACACAAGCAUUCUAUUUCUGGUAUUCUCUGCUUUUAGCAAGAUCCAUCUGAUAUCAGUGAUAAUAUGCCUUGUUCCACGUCCUCUUCUAAAUCCAGCUUGAAUUUCUGGUAGUUCCCUGUCGAUGUCCUGCUGCAACACUUUUGAAUGAUUCUCAGCAAAAGUUUACUUCUGUGUGAUACUAAUGAUAUUGUUUCAUAAUUUCCACAUUCUGCUGGAUCACCUUUCUUUGGAGUGGGCACAAAUAUGGAUCUCUUCCAGAUGUUUGGCCAGGUAGCUGUCUUCCAAAUUUCUUGGCAUAGGCAAGUGAGCACCUCCAGCACUGCAUCCCUUUGUUGAAAGAUCUCAGUUGGUAUUCUGUCAAUUCCUGGAGCCUUGUUUUUCACCACUACCUCCAGUGCAGCUUGGACUUCUUCCUUCAGUACCAUUGGUUCUUGAUCAUAUGCUAUCUCCUGAAAUGGUUGAACAUCGACCAAUUCUUUUUGGUAUGGUGACUCCAUGUAUUCUUUACAUCUUCUUUUGAUGCUUCCUGUGUCAUUCAAAAAUUUGCCCAUAGAAUCCUUCAAAAUCGCAACUCAAAGCUUAAAUUUUUUCUUCAGGUCUUUCAGUUUGAGACAUGCUGAGCAUGUCCCUCUCUUUUGGUUGCACAUUCAUUACAAUGUUUCACUUUGUCCUCUUGAGCUGCCCUUUGAAAUCUUUUGUUUAGCUCUUUUGCUUCAUCAUUUCUUCCUUUUGCUUUAGAUACUCUAUUUUCAAAAACAAGUUUCGGAGUAUAUUCUGACAUCCAUUUUGGUCUUUUCUUUCUUUACUGUCUUUUUAAUAACCUUUUGCUUUUUUCGUGUAUGAGUCCUCUUAUGUCUUCCCACAACUCCUUUGGUCUUCAGUCAUUAGUGUUCAAUAUGUCAAAUCUGUUCUUGCAGUGGUCUCUAAAUUCAGGUGGGAUGUACUCAAGGUUAUAUUUUGGCUCUUGUGGACUUGUUCUAAUUUUCUUCAGCUUCAACUUGAACUUGCAUGUGAGCAACUAAUGGUCUGUCUCACAGUCAGCUCCUGGCCUUGUUCUAGCAGAUGAUAUUGAGCUUUCCAUUGCGUCUUUCCACAAAUGUAGUCGAUUUGAUUUGGUAUAUUUCAUCUGGUGAGGUCCAUGUAUAGUCACAGUUUAUUUUGUUGAAAAAAGGUAUUUGCAGUGAAGAAGUCAUUGGUCUUGCAAAAUUCUAUCGUGCGAUCUUCAGUAUCGUUUCUAUCACCAAGGCCAUAUUUUCCAACUAUUGAUCCUUCUUCAUUUCCAACUUUUGCAUUCCAAUCACCAGUAAUUAUCAAUACAUCUUGAUUGCAUGUUUGACCAAUUUCAGACUGCAGAAGUUGGUAAAAAUCUCCAGUUUCCUUAUCUUUGGCAUUAAUGGUUGGUGUGUAAAUUUGAAUAAUAGUUGUAUUAACAGGUCUUCCCUGUAAGUGUAUGGAUAUUAUCCUAUCACUCUCAGCAUAGUACUUCAGCAUAGAUCUUGAAAUGUUCUUCCUGACAAGGAAUGCAACACCAUUCCUCUUCAAUUGGUCAUUCCUGGCAGAGUAGACCAUACGAUUGUCUGAUUCAAAAAGUCCAAUAUCAGUGCAUUUCAGCUUAUUAAUGCUAGGAUAUUGAUCUUUAUUCCUUCCAUUUCAUUUUUGAUGACUUCCAGUUUUCAUACUUCAUACAAACCAUGUUCUGAUUAUUAAUGGAUAUUUGCAGCUCGCUCUUCUCAUUUCAAGUCAUGCCACAUCAGCAAAUAAAUGUCUUGAAAGCUUGACUCCAUCCACAUCAUUAAGGUCAACUCUACUUUGAGGAGGCAGCUCUUCCCUAGUUGUAUUUUGAGUGCUUUUCCACCUGGCCAGUUUUUUCAGAAGUAGACAACCAGAUCCUUCUCCCUAGUCUGUCUUAGUCUGGAAGCUCCUCUGAAACCUGUCCACCAAGGGUGACCCUGCUGGUAUUUGAAAUACCGGCGGCAAAGCUUCCGCUAUCACAGCAACAUGCAAGCCACAAUAAGACUAACUGACAGAUGCAGUGCACUACAAGCUUAAAAUUCCUCUACCAUUACCUUAUGCUUAGGGCUGUUGUUGUUAGGUGCUGUCAAGUUGCUUCUGACUCAUAAUGACUCUAUGUAAAACAGAAGGAAACAGUGUCUGGGCCUGUGCCAUCCUCAUGAUCACUGUUAAGCUUGAGCCCGUUGUUGCAGCCAUUGUGGCAAUCCAUCUCAUCAAGGGUCUUCCACUUUUUUGUUGGCCCUGUACUUUACCAAGCAUGAUGUCCUUCUCCAGGGAUUGAUCCCUACUGAUAACAUGUCCAAAGUAUAUGAGAUAAAGUCUCCUCGUCCCUGCUUCUGAGGAGCAUUCUGACUUAUGGUUGUGGCUUGUAUAUUGUAGGGUUUUUCUCAGUUUUCCCUCUUCACCCUUAGAUUUCGGCUUUCAUUUUGUGUCUAUGCUUCAGGAUAGUCUGUUUCAUGCUUUUGGCCCUCUUCUUGUGGUACGCUGCUAUUGCUUGCUUCUUGGUGCUGGGGGUAGGAGAUUUUCUUUGCUUCUAGCACAGUUUCAGGCUUAAGUGGUCCCAGUGUGCUGGUGUAUAAAGAGUAGGACUAUCAGCAAUUCUGCCCUUCCUCCCAGUGGCAGUCAAACUCUGCCUUGUGUCUUGUGUAGGAGAGAGCUUCCUGUUCCUCUCCCACUGGUGGUGGUUGUUAGUUGCCAUGGAGUUGAUUUGACUCGUGGUGACUCCAUGUGUGCAGAGUAAAACUGCUCCAUAGGGUUUUCAAGGCUGUGAACUUUCUUUGUCAUGCCUGUCUUCCAAGGCACCUUUUGGGUGAGUUCACACUACCAACCUUUCAGCUAAUAGUUGAAUGCUUAACUGUUUGUGUCAUGAGGAACUCCCCAACUGGUAAGACCCUAGACCCAGGACUGCUUCUUGCCCCUUCCCCAGGGAUAGAGAGUUUGUUUUAUCUUUAACCCUUCCUCCAGCUGCCAUGGAUCUUCACCUAUGCCCUGGGUACAAUAGGGUUUACUUCCCCUCCCCUGGUGGCUGAAGGCUUUUGUUCCAUUGGGGAGAAAGUCUCCCCAGAGCUUCAAGGCUUUGCCUCAGCAAUGACACUCCCCUUUCCCCAGGCCAGCACUAUAGAGGGAGGCUUCUUCUUCUUUAGUUUUUUAAUUAAUUUUAGAUGGAAGUUUACAGAACAAACUAGUUUCUCAUCAAACAGUACACACAUUGUUGUAUGACAUUGGUUAACAACCCCACCACAUGUCAACACUCUCCCUUCUCAACUCUGGGUUCCCUAUUACCAGCUUUCCUGUUCCCUCCUACCUUCCAGUCCCUGCCCCAGGGCUGGUAUGCCCCUUUAGUCUUGCUUUGUUCCAUGAGCCUCUUCAAUCCUUAGCUGAAGGGUGACCCUGAGGAGUGGCCUCACUACUGAGCUGAAAGGGUAUCUGGGAGCCAUACUCUCAGGGUUUCUCCAGUGUCUGUCAGGCCAGUAAGUCUGGCCUUUCUUUUUGAGCUAGAAUUUUGUUCUACAUUUUUCUCCAGCUCUGUCCAGGACCCUCUGUUUUGAUCCCUGUCAGAGCAGUCAGUGGUGGUAGCCGGGCACCAUCUAGUUUUACUGGACUCAGUCUGGUAGAUGUCUUGGUAGAUGUGGCUCAUUAGUCUUUUGGACUAAUCUUUCCCUUAUGUCUUUAGUUUUCUUCAUUCUUCUUUGCUCCCGAAGGGUUGAGACCUGUGGAGUAUCCUAGAUGGCUGCUCACAGGUGUUUAAGACCCCAGACACUACUCACCAAAGUAGAGUAUAGAACAUAUUCUUUAUAAACCCUGUUAUGCCAAUUGAGCUAGAUGUUCCCUGAGACCACGGUCCCCACAGCCCUCAGCCCAGCAAUUUGGUCCCUCAGGGAGUUUAGAUGUGUCUGUGGAGCUACCAUGGCUUUGUCUUAUACAGAUUGUGCUGGCUUCCCCAGUAUUGUGUACUGUCUUACCCUUCACCAAAGUUACUGCUUAUGUAUUGUCUAUUAAGUGUUUUUAGAGGGAGGCUUCUUAUGUCUCCUGUCCUCCCUUCAAUCCUUUUCUCAAGCAAUGGAAUGGAGGCCCUUGGAGAUGAGCCUACACAUGAGUGUGAACUCCCUUUGUAUUGCACCACUCGGGGUGCUUUACUCUGAUGAAAGCUGCUUUUGGCCUUGAGCAAUUUGCUA